GCGCCCCCACCCCCUGGCUCCUGCCAUCCCUACUCCCUCCUCCUCUUCCUCCUCCUCCGCCCAUCACCGCCACUACGGACGCCUUCGCCGCCUACUCCUCGCGCGGCCACGGUUCCUCGCGCUCUGCUUCAGCUUUCACCAGCCCAUCCCUUCGCUGCCUGCUCUUUAGGCUGCUGCAGUCUCUCUCUCUCUCUCUCUCUCUCUCUCUCUCUCUCUCUCUCUCUCUCUCUCUCUCUCUCUCUCUCUCUCUCUCUCUCUCUCUCUCUCUCAAGUUUUCUGUCUUCUCAGAAUCGGAACCACUACUGGAGGAAAGCAUCUACUUCUGCUUGCUGUUCAGAUUCGCAAACAAGGAAGAUGAAGACAAAACUGAGCACCUGCAACGCAUUAUCUCUGCUGCUUGUUCUCUUGGUGUGGGACCCAGCCAGGUUGGUGCUGGCUAACAUCCAAGAAGACGAGGCUAAAAAUAACAUCACCAUCUUUACAAGGAUUCUAGACAGACUUCUGGAUGGUUACGAUAAUCGGCUUAGACCAGGACUGGGAGACAGUAUUACUGAAGUCUUCACUAACAUCUACGUGACCAGUUUUGGCCCCGUCUCAGAUACAGAUAUGGAAUAUACAAUAGAUGUUUUCUUUCGACAAAAAUGGAAAGAUGAACGUUUAAAAUUUAAAGGUCCUAUGAAUAUACUUCGACUUAACAAUUUAAUGGCGAGCAAAAUAUGGACACCAGAUACCUUCUUUCACAACGGGAAAAAGUCGGUGGCUCAUAAUAUGACAAUGCCAAACAAGCUGCUUCGAAUCCAGGAUGACGGAACACUGCUGUACACCAUGAGGCUUACAGUUCAAGCUGAAUGUCCAAUGCACUUGGAGGAUUUUCCAAUGGAUGCUCACUCAUGCCCAUUGAAGUUUGGAAGCUAUGCCUACACAACCUCAGAAGUCACUUAUAUUUGGACUUACAAUGCUUCUGACUCCGUUCAGGUUGCUCCUGAUGGCUCUAGGUUAAAUCAGUAUGAUCUUCUGGGCCAGUCAAUUGGGAAGGAGACAAUUAAAUCCAGCACAGGUGAAUAUACUGUAAUGACAGCUCAUUUCCACUUGAAAAGAAAAAUUGGGUAUUUUGUGAUUCAGACCUAUCUGCCUUGCAUCAUGACUGUCAUUCUCUCCCAAGUGUCAUUCUGGCUUAACAGAGAAUCUGUUCCUGCAAGAACCGUGUUUGGAGUAACAACUGUUCUCACAAUGACAACGCUGAGCAUCAGUGCUCGAAACUCUCUUCCCAAAGUGGCGUAUGCCACUGCCAUGGACUGGUUCAUUGCUGUUUGUUAUGCAUUUGUAUUCUCUGCCCUAAUUGAAUUUGCAACGGUUAAUUACUUCACCAAAAGAGGAUGGGCUUGGGAUGGGAAAAGCGUCGUAAAUGACAAGCCUAAAAAAGAGAAAGGCUCCGUUAUGAUACAGAACAAUGCCUAUGCGGUGGCUGUCGCCAAUUAUGCACCAAAUCUUUCCAAAGACCCUGUUCUCUCCACCAUUUCAAAAAGUGCAACGACGCCAGAACCUAACAAGAAGCCAGAAAACAAGCCGGCCGAAGCCAAGAAAACCUUCAACAGUGUCAGCAAAAUUGACAGAAUGUCUAGAAUAGUUUUUCCAGUUCUGUUUGGUACAUUUAAUUUAGUUUAUUGGGCUACCUAUUUAAACAGGGAGCCUGUAUUAGGGGUCAGUCCGUGAGUCUAGACAUUGGUUAUUUUUUGAGCUAUAUAGCAACAUUACACUUUUCUUUUUUGCUGUGUACAGUCUCACCAAUAACUGCUAUUCUAUGACCCAAUGUGUACAGUAUGUAUAUAGUGAUAUUGCUUACCAGUAGACCUCUAAAGAAGACCUACCUGCACUUGCUAACUCAUGGAAAUACAGGCAGAAAACACCCCGUGCCAAAAGAGCCAUUGCCUUUUAUUAACAGAUUUACUGUAGGAUCUAGUUAAAGUGGAUUUCAGAUCACACAGUUUCCUAAUUUUCUAAUUAUCAGGAAAGUUGGAAUCCUAUGUUACCCUUUGGAGAAUCUUUGAUUUAGAUAUUACAUAUAAAAAUACUUCUAUUGUUGCCUAGGGAUGAUCAGAGAUUAAUUUAGACAUUCAAAUAUGAGAACAGCUGAACCUAUGCUCAGCUACCUUCAGGAGUGUUCAGAACCCCUGCUAAUGUAAUAGGAACCUUGACACACAUAAAGAGAAAGCUAGAGAUGUGAAAACAACUUUUAAUUACUAUGUAGAAUAUCUAUAGCCAUGUACAUAUUACAAGCAUGACAAGCUCAAAUAACUAUGAGUCACCAUGACAGGAUGUUAAUUAUGCUUAAAUUUAAUAACUACUGGAAUGUCAUGGUCAUUACAAUUUUAGCUUCAGAGUUUAUUUGAAAGUGUAACUGAACCUCACAGCUCACUUCAAUCAUUGGAAACUACCUAACAUUAAAACAAAA